CCCAUAUGAAUAUUACGAAUUUCCGAUUGCGAAGCACAAAGCCCAAACCAACAUUCAACGCCAGAGACCAGAGUGAGAACAGGUAGGGUUGAUGGCUGAUCGGAGUUCGGCCGUUGCAAAGCCGGUAUGGAUGAAGCAAGCCGAGGAGGCCAAGCUGAAGAGCGAAGCCGAGAAAGCCGCGGCAGCUAAAGCUGCUUUCGAAGCGACCUUCAAGGAUUUGGAGAAGAGUCGCGAGAAGGGCACUGUUCAAUCUGACAGUGAAUCCGAGGAAUACGAGGAUUUGGCCAAUAAGCCUAUUGGACCUGUGGAUCCUUCCAAGUGCACGGCGGCGGGUACUGGCAUUGCCGGCGGAACAGCCUGUGCUCCUUCUUCGUUCACAGUGGUCACCAAGGAUUCAGAUGAGAGGAAGGUUUCAGGUGGGGGUGCACAAGUCAAGGUGAGGGUGACGCCAGGUUUGGGCGUUGGAGGGUCUGAUCAAGAAGGGAUUGUGAAGGAUAUGGGUGAUGGAACGUAUAACGUCACUUAUGUGGUGCCCAAGAGAGGGAAUUACAUGGUCAGUGUUGAAUGUAAUGGCAAGGCAAUCAUGGGUAGUCCAUUCCCUGUGUUUUUCAGUGCAGGAAAUAGUAGUGGAGGGCUGCUCGGUUUAGCUCCGGCAUCUUCUUUUCCAAAUCUUGUUAAUCAAACUAUGCCAAACAUGCCGAACUACUCUGGGUCCGUUUCAGGGGCAUUCCCAGGAUUACUGGGAAUGAUUCCAGGGAUUGUUGCUGGAGCUUCUGGGGGUGCUAUUUUACCUGGAAUUGGGGCCUCACUAGGGGAAGUUUGCCGUGAUUAUCUUAAUGGGCGAUGUAUAAAAGUCGAUUGUAAGUUGAAUCACCCACCUCAUAAUUUGCUAAUGACUGCAUUAGCUGCAACGACCUCAAUGGGAACACUUAGCCAAGCUCCUAUGGCUCCGUCUGCUGCUGCAAUGGCUGCUGCACAGGCAAUAGUCGCUGCCCAAGCACUUCAAGCCCAUGCAGCUCAGGUGCAAGCUCAGUCAGUAAAAGAUUCCACUGGCUCACCUGAAAAAGCUGGUAAGGAUGAUGCAUUGAAGAAAACUCUCCAAGUUAGCAAUCUGAGUCCACUUCUCACUGUUGAACAACUAAAACAACUCUUUGGCUUCUGUGGCACAGUUGUUGAAUGCACAAUUGCUGAUUCAAAGCAUUUUGCUUAUAUAGAAUAUUCAAAACCUGAAGAGGCAACUGCUGCUCUGGCGUUAAAUAACAUAGAUGUUGGUGGCCGGCCUUUGAAUGUUGAGAUGGCAAAAUCUCUUCCGUAAAAAUCAUCUGUUGUGAAUUCUUCCCUUGCUUCGUCAUCUCUUCCUUUGAUGAUGCAGCAAGCUGUGGCAAUGCAGCAGAUGCAAUUCCAGCAAGCUCUGAUUAUGCAACAAACCAUGACUGCACAGCAGGCUGCCAAUAAAGCCGCCACCAUGAAGUCUGCAACAGAGUUAGCGGCAGCCCGAGCUGCUGAAAUAAGUAAGAAACUGAAAGCCGAUGGACCUGAAAUUGAAGAGAAAGAAACAAAACAGAAAUCCAGGUCUCCUUCUCCUCCUCGUGCAAGAUCUCGAUCAAAGUCAAGAUCUCCUGUUAGUUAUCGAAGAAGGAGGAGGUCUCGUUCCUACUCUCCUGCUCGCUACAAUAGGGGUCGUCGGUCCAGAUCACCAGUCAGGUCCCAUCAUUAUUCAAGCUAUGAAAGGGAUCGAAGGUCCUAUAGAGACAUCAGAGAACACAGUGAAAGAAGCAGAAGACAGGAUUCAGAUAGAUACCUUGAUCGGCAUUCAUUUGCUUCAAGAAGGAAUAGGAGUAGGAGCGUGAGCCCUCAUUCAAGGAAAUCACAUUGAACUGGAUCUAUUUCUCCAAAACAUCACAGAGAAAGUUCACCUCA